CCGGGCCUUCGAGCACCAAGAGGAUAAAUAUAAACCUGGUCAAACGUUCCUGAACACAAAACGCCGGUUCCGUUCCGAGUAAGACCGAACUAACUGCAGCGCGUCAUGGCUAACGUGGACAUACAGAGCCUGUGGGAGCGACACGCCGCACGCAGGACGUUUCCUGUUCUCGCCCGCACGAAGGUCUGCCGCAACCUCUUCGGACCCGUGGAUCAUGAAGAGCUGAACUGCGAAAUGAAGCGGAGACUGCAGGAAAUGUCUGAACAGGACCAGAGCCGCUGGAACUUUAACUUCGAGGAGAACGUGCCGUUGCCUGGAAAUUACGAGUGGGAGGAAAUAGCAGUGAGCACCGUGCCAUCUUUCUAUAAGGAGUCGGUGCGUAACGGGAAAGCGCGUGCUGUUAACGCCCAAGACGCCGAGUCCAGCACGGAGUGUGGAUGUAAAAAUGAAGCGCAGAGUUCCGCUGAAGCUCCGAGUCCAUCUGCGGAGGUGAACCAGGAAAACCGGUCUGGAGCUCUGAACGCCCGAGAACAUGGCACUCCUGUGUGCCGGAGAAGAAACAGGACCUCUGUGCCAGAGGAAUUGAGAAAUAGCACUACGCACAUUACAGACUUCUUCCCCAGGAGAAAACGGAGCUUGGACUCUAAGCUGACAGAGCGCACAUCCCAGUCCAGCUCCAUCCCUGCUGAAGUUACUCCACGCAAGAGAAUCAGAUGAUGCUUUGCACUGAGAAAUGCAGAAGUCCUGUGUUUUAUCUGCUGAGCGGAUGAAGGACACAUCGAGGACGAUCUGAAGACUUUUUAUUAUUAUUAUUAUUAUUAUUAUUAUUAUUAUUAUUGUUUCUCUUUAUCUGAUCAAUGUAGCAAUACUGGCUCUACCAGAACAGACUUGGUUGCAGUGUUACAACGUCUGAACGGUGCAAUUAUUUUCAAAUUAUUAUUACUGUAUUUUUAAUCUUGUUAUUAUUAUUAUUAUUAUUAUUAUUAUUAUUAUUAUUAUUAUUAUUAUUAUUAUUUUCCCUUGACAUUUUGUUUUGAACUUUAUUUUGUAGUCUACAUUGUUUCUUAUAUAAUUUAGCAUCUGAAUUUGUGUCUACUUGUGGAAGAAUAUACUAACUUAUGUCUUAUUUAUGAUCCAUGAUAGUGUCACGCUUUUAUUUACAGCUAUUGUUUAUUUACCGAAAUAUUUUUUAUGUUUUAUUUAAGUUUGUUGGAUGACGUCACGAUGCAAAUAAUGUUUCUGAGCCUCUUCUUUAAUAUAUGUAUAUACUAGCUUUGUAUUGAAGAAUUGAAUGGGUGAAAAAAAUAAAUUAUAUUUUUGUUUA